AAUAGUUUCGCCUUUAGUGCGGACUUAAUGUUUUCAAGUUGAAGCGCGUUCAUGGACUAUUUCAAAUCAACAAACGAGGGCAAAAUGUGAAACUUUUAUUUUCCCCCAUGAAAUGUGUGCUUAUGUAUAAAACAUUAUUUACAGACUUAGAGAGGGCAUUUUGGUGCCAAAGGAAGGAUGGCUGAUGCAUUCAGUAUGGGAGAAACUAUUGAUGAUUACCAAGUGCUUAACCUUCUGGGUAAGGGGGGAUUUGCUUGUGUCUACAGAGCCAGGUCCAAUAAAACGGGGAUGGAAGUGGCUAUUAAAAUGAUUGACAAAAAGUUGAUGAAAGCACAUGGAAUGGUAGCUAGAGUUCGUAAAGAGGUAGAAAUUCACUCCAGACUGAAACACCCUUCCAUUUUAGAGCUUUACAACUACUUUGAAGAUAACAAUUAUGUUUACUUGGUGCUAGAAAUCUGCCUUAACGGGGAACUUAACAGAUACCUCAAGGCAAACUGCAAAGUUCUGACUGAGGAUGAGGCUCAACACUUUAUGCGACAGAUAGUAGAGGGCAUGUUUUAUCUUCACUCUCAUGGCAUUCUUCAUAGAGAUCUGACACUGGCCAACCUUCUCCUCACCGGAAAUAUGAAUGUAAAAAUAGCUGAUUUUGGAUUGGCCACUCAGCUUACUGUCCCAGAUGAGAAACAUUUUACCAUGUGUGGUACCCCUAACUACAUAUCUCCAGAAAUUGCCAUGAGGACAGCGCAUGGUUUGGAAGCAGAUGUGUGGUCUCUGGGUUGCAUGCUGUACACAUUUCUAGUCGGGAAGCCACCAUUUGACACUGAAGCAGUGAAGAGCACACUAAACAGAGUCAUCCUUGCUGAUUUUGAACUUCCAAAUCAUCUGUCAGAAGAUGCUAAAGAUCUGAUUCAGUCCCUUCUGAAGAAGAAUCCUAAAGAGAGGCUAUCAUUGCCUGAUAUUUUGAAGCAUCCUUUUAUGACCUAUGAUACAGAGGCUUACAGAAAAGUUUCAAAGAACUUUGGUGACACAUCAAUUGACAGUGGAAGGGAUACCAUGGCAACCAUGACAACUUCUACCUCCUCCAGGAUGACUAAUGUCCUCAAGCCCCGCCCCUUCCCAGCCUUCCCCCUGGAGUCCCACAUCUCUGAAGAUGCUGAGAGGAUUUUCCAACACAAAAAACACAGCUUUGAAGAGAAUGAAGUCGCCAACAUCUUCAACCAAAAAGUGCCAUCUGGCACUGCUAUCUCCCGCCACCCACCCUCCCCUCCUGUUCGACUGAGGGACAAUGACAGAAGCAUUGAGAAGCAACAAUUCAUGAGAAUCAACAGUCAAGACAAGGGUCGAAAUAUGGAACUUUACUCUGUGGAGAGAAGCUUAGAGGAGAUUCAUGGAGUCAAACAAAGUAAUAGACCUGCUCCUCAGUUUGACCCUUCAAAGUACCAGGAUACCAGGUCCAACACUCCCAGCAACUCCUCAGGGUGGUCCUGCAGUCUCUCUCUCCACAGCAAUGAUCCCAAAGUUGUAGCCAGUCCAGCCAUACAUGGUUAUAGUGACACCAGUGGUCAUGGAAUCAGCAAGCGAUCUGCCAGUGACUUGUCUUCCCAGAGUAGUGAAUUCAGUCUGUAUAAUACAAAAAAAGUACUGAACUUUGAAAGUGAUAGUCAACAUGAAAAGCCCCGUCCCAAAGAGGGUCAGGACUAUGAGUCUUUCUCCUCUCACUGCAGUGCCAAGCAUUCUUCCCAACGGGAUUAUGUGGGGCAGUUUGGAAGAAGCAAAUCUGUAGAUGAUUUCUUGGAUAGUGAUAUAGACACUAAUUUCAACAAUAAGCCUGACAAACUCAGCAAGCCAGAGGUGUCAAGAAGUGUUAAGAGUGCCUCUACAUCUUCAUCUGAUGAAGGGAAGGGCAACAAAAGCAUAAGGAACUCUGUUCAGCCUCUCUCUGCAGUCAGACUGUGUCCUAUUCGGCAAAAAACAAGAAAUGCUGUGGUCAACAUUAUGGAUAAUGGAGAGGUGUGUCUAGAGUUUGUAAAGCAGAAACAUAAGGUGGACAAAGUUAUGGAAGUCUUUGUCAUCUCUUCAAAUGGUAUGGGCAUCAAGAUCUACCAACCAAACUCUGGGAAAGGGGAACCAGUGUCGGACCACCCAGUCUCACUCCCAGCGUCACCCUCCAAGGAAUUCUCUUUUGAUGAACUACCGGAGAAAUACUGGAAAAAAUACCAGUAUGCUGCAAGAUUUGUUAAACUUGUAAGAUCAAAGACACCCAAAGUAACAAUCUACACCAGCAAAGCCAAGUGUAUGUUGAUGGAGAAUUCGCCAAACCAUGACUUUGAAGCUGUGUUCUAUGAUGGCAAUAUUCCUGGAGAUGACCAAACUAAUUACUGUGAUGAGUGUUUCCCAUGGAGUGCUAAAUUUACAAUGAACUCUACAAAUAUUCGAAUUAUUGAGAAGACUGGUACUUCCCUGGUUCUAGAAUCUGGGGAUACCCAACAGAGACUGGCUGAAGAAACACAAAAUCUUUUGGAGUACGUCAAACAGUGCAGAAAACAGUGCCUGGAGCUUGAGUCCGUCAUUGAGGCAGUACAACAGAGGUGUAGCACCGAAGGCCAGCAGUUUUUUCCUGUCAUCAUUGGAAGACGGCCAAGUGCUAACCUGAAUGACUCUCAGCGAUCUCGUUCUACGAGUGACACUCCCAGUUCCCUUGGGAUGGACAAUGUCAGCACCCCUUCUUCUGGUUCUGGAAGACCCCCCACGAUGUCUUCCUUUGAUGGGACAGUCGUGAGCACUGUAACAGAGUAUGUUGAUCCAUCAUCUGCUUCACGACUGACAGACGACUCCCAUGACCAGACACUUAGAGCACAGCAGAUAGCAGACCGUCUGGGUAACAUCAGUCCUACCUCUACCCUGCAGAGUGAGAGAAUUAACAACACCAGUCCCACAUCUAGUCACAGCAGCACACAGCUACGCAAAUCUACCGUGUUACGCAGUGUCUUUGUCCAAAACGUUGGAUGGGCAUCACAGUUAUCUAAUGGAGAGAUAUGGGUUAAGUUUGAUGAUGGAACCCAGAUGGGGGUUAAACCAACCACAACAACAAUUAAAUAUGUGGAUGUUCAUGGUAAACUAUUCAGAUUUCAAAGGACAGACAUUCUUCCAGAAGCAGUGAAAAUGAGACUGGGUAAAGUCCCCGUGGUGCUGGAGACUCUAAUGCAGGAGGCCCCGUCCACACCUUCCAAUGCUUUCUGUUGAGGAAGAGCUUUCCCGAUGAAAAUCUCAACCAUAUUUAUCUGUGAUAGUGCCAUAAUGGAAGCAUUACUCAUUUUCCAUUGAGUGCUGUGAUAUUGUAUAGGCAGCUGAUGUUAUUGUCGGUACAUAUCUGUGGGAGUUUUGUAUAAAAGAUGUUAAUUGGACAAAUGUGUGGCAUUUUAGCUAGAAGUAUUGUACAUACAAAUUAAAUUAAAAUAUAGAUUUUUCUGACUGUACAUAGCAGAAAUGUAUAUAUCUUAGAUUUUAGGCAAGAAACAUGUUAUAUUGUUGCUGUUAAAGAUUAAGUUCUUAGUUUAGUGCUAUUGGCUAUGGUAGGAUGUUUUGUUUGUGCUAUAUUUAUAUAAAGUUCAUAAAUUAUAAGUAAGAAAUUUGUUUUAAUGGUAGUAGAUCUGAAUUGUGUUCAUUUUUUAUUUUUAAAGCACAGUGUUGAAGGGUAUUGCAAUAUCUCUUUACACAUUUUAGUACUUUGAAAACUUCUUAUUAUGCACCACUAUAUUUUAACCACUGCAAGGAUUGAUUUUACCACGAUUUUAUUACCACAAUAUUUUUUCAAUACACAUUCACAACUAGACAUGAAUCACUAUAAUUCACAAUACAAAUUUGAAUAUAUUUUAUUACAACAAGUGAACAAAUUAAGUUAUAAAUAUGUUUUCAAAGCAUGAUUUUGCUUUAUAUUGUUAUGAAAAGGUAUUUUAAAGAAUUCCAAUUUUCUAACUUGUGGAAGCAAAUGUAGACCGAUUUUAGUUCAUGUUGAAUGCCCUUAUUGCUUACUGGUAUUUCUGUUGAGUACCAUAGCCAAUUCCAUGCUUAUCCUGUUAUAUAUUUAACUAGUCUUCAUAUACAUUAUAGUUAUAUGAUAUAAAUAAAGUAUGAAAAUCUUA